UCAAUCUUCAAUAGAAUCUUGACUCUAUUAGAGUUAGAGUCUAGAUUAGUAGAGAUCUAGAAAUCUAGAUAGAAGAUCUAGACUAAACUCUAAGUCUAAGUAUUCUUACACCAAGUAGAUUUUAAAACUUACUUAACUUUGACUUAGAUCUAAUCUACUUAGUUUCUAGAUUCUAAAUCAAUCAUUUCCAAUGCAGUAACUAGAAUACUAGAUUAUGAUUUAUCAACUAUGAUAUAAUCUAGAUUAUAAUUUAUAUCUUGAUCUAGUAUUAUGAUUGAUGUAGAUAAUCUAUUAACUAGUAUUUCUAGAUUUAGAAUCUAUCCCUAUACUAGUCUAUAGUUAGUGUAGUUAUUGUGCUACUCCUCUCUAGGCACUCUCUAGACUCAAGAGACACCUAGAUCUACUAAUUAUUCUAAUUCUAUAAUAACCUAGAUUGCUAGAUAGUGAUCUCGAUCUAGAUGUAUCUAGAGUCCAGAAACUAAAUUUAGCUUAGUCUACAGUUAUUAGUAACUAGCCAGAUAUGAUGCAUGGCCUGUGGACAAUAGUUUGGGUAUUAGUAUAAAAUAUUGAUCUAGUCAUCUAGUGGAUUGGAUUUUGAUGUAUAUGUCAAGUACAGUAAAUUUUCCAUUCACAUUUUUUUUAAAAUUUUGUCAUGAAAUUAAAGUAAAGUGUGAAAAUGGGCGUUUUAAAUGACAUAUUCAUAUUAAAUAUAAAAUACUUUGUGAAAUUAAAUGGUUUUACCCGAUUUGUUAUAAAGUUUUGUUUUUUAAUUGAGCUAAAUUUAUAUUUUGGUAUUUUUUUGCCACCCCUCCCCUGGUUGUGGAAGGGGCAUCAAACAGACUUACAGUCUAUGCCGUGAUCUAAUGAACAUUUAUGCCAAGUUUUAUCAAGAUUGGUCAAACGGUUUUGAUUUCUAUGCUGGAAAACAUACAUAAACCUUACAUUCAGUUAUAUUAGAUAUAGUCUACUAGAUUUUAUAGCAUUCUCUGUAGUAAAGUGUAAGUAAAAAUAACUAGAUUCUCAUUAGUUAGAACAGCCUACUUUGUAGUAAAGAAUUUUUAAAACUACCGUGACAUAUUAGUAUACCUGUAGUAUAAUCAAAUAGUCAUGAGUCAUAAUUUUAAUUUAAGUUAAAAUCAAAUGUUGGAGAAAAGAAAGCAGAAGGGGCAAUAUUUGCUAGUGUAUGGCUCAGCGACAGGCCAAGCGAAAGCUAUUGCUGAAGACAUUGCAGAAAAGUCUGACAGAUAUGGAUUAAAAGCAGAUUUACGUUGUCUGGAUGAGUCGGACAAAAAGUUCCAAGUUGAGCAGGAAACUUGUAUGGUGAUAGUGGUCUCAACUACCGGGGAUGGAGAUCCUCCAGAGAAUGCAGCAAAGUUUGUUCGUAAAAUAAAGAGGAAAACUUUGCCACUUGACUUCUUACGAAAUUUAAACUACACAAUUCUAGGUCUAGGGGAUACCAAUUACUCAAAUUUUUGCCGGUGUGCCAAAGAUAUUGACAGUAGAUUUGAACAGCUCGGGGCAAAAAGGUUUUAUCCUACUGGUCAUGCAGAUGAUGGUGUUGGGCUUGAAAUAGUUGUUGAUCCUUGGCUAGAAGGCCUAUUCCCUGCUCUACAGAAGUUUCUUAACGUUGAUCAGAAUAGUGAAGUUUCUAUUUGUGAAAAGACCAAACCAUUAGACAGAUCUUUGAGCGAGGAGUCCCAGAAUCAAAUUCACAUGGACGGCACAGACUUGGUUGACAAAAUUAUUACAGACAGACUGCCAUCAAUGUCUGAACAUAACAAAGUUGAUGGAAGUUCACCAGAAUCAAUCAUUUCCAAUACAGAUCAGAUAGAUUCAACUACAGUUUGCCUGGAAAUCCUUAAUAUUAAUUCAGACAAAAUAGAACAUGUUCACGACACAGGAAAAGAAACUCAAUGUGGGCUUGUUCUCCCACCCCCUGUGGGAAUAAAGCUGGUAGUGUGUGACUGCUCUUUGGAAGGCAAGGAAUUGACAGUGCCUUUGUUACCUCCCCCAUUUCUCAAUGCCACAUUUAUUAAUGAUGCUAACAAGACUGACUUGCUGGAACAUCAGAAUGGUUGUAAAUUGCCGAACGCAGCAUCAGAUGUCCUUCAUGUUGGGAUAACUUCUGCCCAGGUGUUGACAUCCCAUGAUGCUGUUAAGAAGACAUUACUUCUGCAAUUAAACACAAAGGAUUUAAACUUGAACUUCACACCAGGGAGUUCUAUGGGAAUAGUUUGUGCCAAUAAUUCCAGUGAAGUAGAGCUGCUAUUUAAAAGACUGAAGUUAACUGAUGUAGCAGAUAAAAAAGUGGAAUUGUCUGUCAUAGAAAACACAGCUAAACGACGAGCUGUCAUACCUCCCCACAUUCCACCAACGUCAACGCUAAGACACAUAUUCACCACAUGUUUAGAUAUACGCCAGCCUCCGAGUAAGGCAUUUCUCAGAAGUUUAGUCAACUCCACUUCUAAUCCUAUUGAAAUGAGACGCCUGCAAGAAUUGUGCAGUAAGGAAGGGGCUUCACUCUACUCUGAACAUAUCCGAGAAUGUAACAUUUCAUUGCUAGACUUGCUGUUUGCUUUCCCAUCCUGCCACCCACCAGUUGAAAGGCUGAUAGAGCAUCUACCAAGACUACUUCCUAGACCUUAUUCAGUAUGCAGCUGCCCUGAAUACAAACCGGAUGUUAUUGAUAUUGUAUUUAAUGUGAUAGAGAUACCAGGGGAUCCAGAGAAAGGUCAUUAUUAUUCCAGAAAAGGAAUUUGCACUGGAUGGUUAGAUGAUAUUACAAAAUGUUUGCAGUCUGGAGAUGAAACAGAACAAAUUAUGAUCCCGAUAUAUCUGAGAACCAAUCAGUACUUUAUUCCACCUGCUGACCUGACUAAACCUAUCAUAAUGAUUGGUCCAGGCACUGGCGUUGCUCCUUUUGUUGGCUUCCUUCAGCAAAGGUCAAUCAGAAAAGAUUGUCUCAGUGAGGGCCAGAAGUAUGGGGAGACAUGGCUUUUUUUUGGCUGCAGAAACAGGGACAAAGAUUUUUUAUUCAGGGAAGAGUUACUGCACUUUGAAAGUAAUGGAACAUUAACUAAAUUGUGCAUCACAUUUUCAAGGGAUACAACUCCCUCUGAGAAAUCCCCUCGGUAUGUUCAAGACAAUAUGGUCAUCAUGGGCUCUGAAAUCUGCAAGCUUUUAGUUGAGCAAGAUGCCAUUGUGUUUAUUUGUGGUGAUGCUAGCAAUAUGGCCAAGGAUGUCAAUAACUGCUUUGUUGAAAUACUGCAGCAGGAUAGAGGCAUGUCUAAAGAUGAUGCUACAAUGUUUAUAAUGAAAAAAAGGAUCAACAAGACAUACUUAGAGGAUGUAUGGGUGUGAUAUUUGUGUAGGUGUAAGAUAAUUAAAAGAUAAAAUUUGUAAAAGAUUUUUAUUGUAAUAAUUAUUUACAUUUGUAAAAUAAUAAUAAUAAUUAAAAAAAAUAAAACAAUACAAAA